UUCAUACCUUCAGUCCCUGUUCUUUCCAUCCUCUCUCAUUUAAUUCAUUCACAUCUCUUCUCAUAUCCAUAUACACCUCGAAGGUCUUCCCUCUAAAGCCUAUUUAUAUCUUUUAUCUGUGUUUUCCUUCUAUUCUUUACAUUUUUCUUCUAAGCUGAUUUCACCUCACUGCUCAUUUGCCAUCAUCGGACACAUUAAUGCACCAUCUCGAUUAUCUCUCCCUUUCCAUAUUCUUCUGCCAUCCUCUCUUUACAUUCCUCAUCUACUCUCCUCUCCAGGCUCAUUCCUCUUGUCACCUGCAGUGGGAGGGGCUGGCAGAGGUAGCCGAGCUGUGAUUGGCCGAGCAGGGAGGAGGCUUCUGUGACAUUGUGAUGCUGUGCAGAUGCUCAGCAGCAGCGGUAGUCUAGAAAGACAGGCUAGCGGCAUCCUCUCUCUCUCUCCCUCUUUCUCUCCCUCCCCCUUCUAUUUAAUCUCUCUCUUUUUCUCUCUCUUUUCCCCUCACACAGGCACGCACACACACUCACACACACGCGUACUCCGUCACACUGCAGCAGAAGGCAGAGGAAACACCGUAAAGCUGUAAGGUAGGAUCAGGCCUCUCUUCUUCCCAUCUUGCUCCUCAUCUCUCCUGUGGAAGACAGCCUGUCUAUCUCCUCCAUCACCCUUUGCUCUCCUUCAAGGACCACCGCACCCAGGGAGCACCUACCAUCUCUAAGCUUGGAAAGGACUGCAGCACGACCGAUCUACCACAUCGGAGGACCAUCCUUCUUUUUUCUUCUGCAUUUCUUGUUGCCAGGCAGUGUUGGCUUGACUAAGCAUCAGACCAUAAGGACGCGUGCUUAAACGCAUGUGCAUGCGUGCGUACAUGACACGGUCCUUUUCUCCAGCUGAGUGAGCACACGCUCGAACGCCGGGAGUCUGUGUUUUUACACCCCAGCUGUCAUUUUCUCCUCUCAGAUUCCCCGCCAUCAUUCAGAUCCUCAUCGCUUGCAUCUUCUCUUCCUCCUGACAAAGGCGGACAGUAUCCCAAGAUGCCGUGCGGCAGGCCACUCUGCUAGGCCGCAGCAGCAUGGGAAAAGUACCGGGGGGGUGGGACAGUACGGAUUGGAAGGCUCUGCUCCAGACGGGCGCGCUUACGCACUCCGCCGCUUCAGAUGGGUGAGGACGGCGAGAGCCCCAAAAUCAAUCACAGCUUCCUCCGAGACUAUGUCACAGAAGCUGAUGUCAUUUCUACAGUGGAGUUUAACCAGACGGGGGAUCUGCUGGCUACGGGGGACAAGGGGGGAAGAGUGGUCAUCUUCCAGAGAGAGACAGAGAGUAAAAGUGAAUCCGAGGACCUGGGUGAAUCGGGCGAAUACAACGUCUACAGUACGUUCCAGAGUCACGAACCAGACUUUGACUAUCUGAAGAGUUUGGAAAUUGAAGAGAAGAUCAACAAGAUACGAUGGCUGCCACAUCAAAACGCUGCUCAUUUUCUCCUCUCAACCAAUGAUAAAACAAUAAAGCUAUGGAAGGUGAGCGAGAGAGACAAGCGGCCAGAGGGCUACAAUCUGAAGGACGAAGAAGGACGAAUAAAGGACAUCUCCACCGUGACCUCAUUACGGGUGCCGGUUCUAAAGCCCACUGACCUGAUGGUCGAGGUGAGGCCCAGGAGAAUAUUUGCCAACGGCCACACCUACCAUGUCAAUUCAAUCUCAGUCAACAGCGAUGGUGAGACGUAUCUGUCUGCAGAUGAUCUCAGGAUCAACAUGUGGCACCUGGACAUCACAGAUCGAAGUUUCAACAUUGUGGACAUUAAGCCAGCCAAUAUGGAGGACCUGACGGAGGUGAUAACAGCAGCAGAGUUUCACCCGCAUCACUGCCACCUCUUCGUGUACAGCAGCAGUAAGGGGACACUACGCCUGUGUGACAUGAGAGAGUCUGCACUCUGUGACAAGCACUCCAAAAUCUUUGAGGAGCCAGAGGACCCAGGCAAUCGCUCUUUCUUCUCCGAGAUCAUCUCAUCGGUUUCUGAUGUUAAGUUCAGUCACAGUGGACGAUAUCUACUAACUAGAGACUACUUGACUGUUAAGGUGUGGGACCUUAACAUGGAGAAGGGCCCGGUGGAGACCUACCAGGUUCACGAGUACCUAAGGAGUAAACUGUGCUCGCUGUAUGAAAACGAUUGCAUUUUUGACAAGUUCGAGUGCGUCUGGAACAGCACAGACAGUGUAAUCAUGACAGGAGCGUACAAUAGUUUUUUCCGGAUGUUUGAUCGUGAAACUGGUCGUGGCGUGACCCUCGAGGCGUGGCGUGAGAGCAGUAAACCGCGAGCCGUGCUGCGGACUCGCCGCGUUUACACCGGCGGCCGGCGACGUCGCGGGGAUGUGGGCGUGGACAGUCUGGACUUCACUAAAAAGAUUCUGCACAUGGCCUGGCACCCGGAGGAAAACAUCAUCGCCAUUGCAGCCACUAACAACCUCUACAUCUUUCAGGACAGGGUCAAUGCAGAAAACCUGUGACAGGAGACAUGAUGGGGUCGUCACGGGGCCACAAACAUGCAUUCAAAACCACAACACACACAUUUAUGCACUCAAAUUCAACAUCGGUUACACACAUCAUUGGCCCUGUGGGGAUGGACAGAGUCACCAGACCCCUAUACAGAUUUACUGCGGUUAUGCUUUUCCAUCAGAAAAGAAACGUUUAUGUAUAGCCAAUGACUUUAUUUAACAACUUUACGGUUAAUUACGCCGCUAAGAAUGUUGCGAGCGAUAUGUGAAAUUACUGUAAUGGACUCCUUUGAUAUGUGAUGGAUGGUGUUGUCAGCAAAUCCCAGAAUGUGCUGAUUGUGACUGACAGCUAACAGGGAUAAGGGGUGGCACCUCUGGGCAGAAGACCAGGAAUGAGCUCUGGUUCUCCUUGCCAGGUUGCCAUGGACACAGUUUACUCGGUUGUCAUGGUAACAAGAGUGCUCCGAGCAGUCUUCCUAUCACAUGCUUCCCAAAAACCUAUCCCACAAUGCAUCUGCUACACGAGCACUCCCAUUUUUCUUCACGUUGAAAUUAAUUGAUCCUUGUGGAGACGUGGAUGCCGAUUAUUCCCAUCGGGAACUUUAAAUUCCAGCGCUUGUUACAUAGAUCUGACGGAAACACUACUUCAUCCGAUCACUGUCUUAACUGGGUUACACCUCACAAUGGAUUACAUUUACACCUGUGUGGUGAGAUGAAAUUGACCAAUGUCAAAAUCGUAAGAAGUGAAUUGUGGCUAAUGUUUUUUUUUAUUGUAAACGUUUUGGAAAAGAUAGAGAACUGUAUACUAAAGCGUGCCCAAAAAUAUUACCAAAUUGCCAGGUUCGCCUAGCCUGGGUUUUGUGACAUCACAAAAAAUAGGAACCAUUUCUAUGACCAGCGUUGCCAAGUCUGCUGCAGAACUGAGCUACUUUUAAAUUGUUGCUACGGGUGUUUUUUGUCCGUGGGUUGAAGGUGAAAGGAUUUAGUUAAUCUGCGGUCCACCUUAAGGUUGUAAUGUUCUUAUUAUUUUUACAAAGAAAUUGUGUGUAAAGCAUAAAAGUGAAUGUAAAAUACAGUAUGUAGGUAUAUGGGUGGCAUAUUUUGAAUCUUGGCAUUUGACCUAAGGUCAACUAUGAGUGUGUUUACAUGCAUUACUUCGAUUAUGCUUAAUAAACUGAUAAAAUGUAUAGCACAAAACAGUUUUCUUUUGUCGGGGAAAGGUUAUAAAGCAAAAUCUGAUUGGCACAGGUAGAUUUCUGCCCAUUACUGCGAUUUUGCGUUGCAUGUAAACGCCAAUACCGGAUUUAGUUCAUGUGCGCAUGUCUCCGCUUAAAAAAGAUAAACGUUGCAAAUGGAAGAGGAAAAAUGUUUACAUUACAACUUCUGCAGACAUGAAAAAGAUUCAAUAUACAAUAGUAUAGCUUUAAGGCCAAAGUACGGUCAAAUUUUUAGGCGUACCAGAAAAGUUUGUGCGGACUGUACGCACACUGCCGGAUUUUGGAAACCUCACGUACAUUGUACGUGCAGGCCACACAUGUGCCUACAGGAGAAUGUAUUAUUUAACACAGGAGAUGGAUUGCAUUGUUGCAGUGUGCAUGCAUCGAAGGUCUGUGUGCACGUGUAAGUCACUUGGCAAGGCUGCGCGUUCAACUGUACGCAUAUGUACGCGUACACGUAACAACAAGCUAUACUCCAGGUGUUAUGCUGCGUUCAGACCAGCCGCGGUAAAGACGUCAAGCGCAAGUGAUUUCAAUGUUAAGUCAAUGUGAAGACGCAUUGAUGCGCGUCUGGAGCGGCACGUUUUUUCCGUCAAAGUUCAAAUUUUUCAACUCUCGCAUUUGCCACGGCACCGCUCAAUUCGCGCCAAUCGCAUCUACCGCGCCACACUAAAUGCCUCAUUCGCGCCGCGGUAGUCGCGAUUGGCGCGAAUUGAGCAUUUUAACUUUGGCGGAAAAACGCGCCUCGUUAACCAAUCAGGAGCUUGCUCUAGUAGUGACGUGAUUACAGAAAGCGAGUGAAGUCGCAGAAGCCCCUCCCAUUACGCGAAUUUCCGCGUGAAUGUCUCGAUGACUAGAAUUUUCACGCUUACACACGUGAAUGAAGCGAGUAAAAUCUAAAUGUUCAAGCAGCAAACUAGACAGGGUAUACGCGAAUUUGACGCCUGGUGUAAACCAACGGUUAGACUCCCGCCGGCUUUUUGAAUAACUAGAGUUACGUAGGCUGUGACAUCACUAUCUGCGAGAAACCUGACAAAUCUCCAAAUCCUGUGUUAAUAAAUUUUAAUGCAUAGCCGGUUUAUUGAUUUGCAUGUAAACGCAUGAAAACCAGUUUCUAUAAUACAGUAAGCUGAUUUUUGAUAGUUAUCCGCUAAUUUUGUUCAUGCAAACACACUCAAUAGAAUCCACCAUUGCUUAUUGCGUCACAUCUGGUUAGGACAUGGUGUAAGAAAACAGAUGAAAGUAUUAGCUAAACAUGCAAACAUAAAAUUCAAAUGCACAAAAACAUACUGCAAAAAUGUUUAAAUCAGUUGGUUAAAUUGAAAUGAGUUAUUACAGUUCAUUAAUUCAAAAUACAGCUGAAAUUGUAUAAUAUUAGGAGUUACAAAAAAGUGACUCGUGUUUUGCUGGUCAUAUGAUUGUAAAAAUUGUGACCACCAUGAGACAACCCACCUCAUGGAAAAUAAUACAACUUGAAGUCUUCAUCUAAUUGGAUAAAACAUUUGUACAAUUUAAGACCACACAGGUGUAUAUGUAACCCCAUAUCCAUUGUUGAAAGAACCUGGCAAGUUUUUAAUUUAAGGUGCCAAGUUUUUGUAUGGUGUUGGUGUGGUAUUGAAGUGUUGGGUGUCAGUCUAGCCUAUGACACAGAGGUCAGUGAUUGUUUUUGCUUUGAAAAGGGCUUGAAUGAAUGUAUCUGUCGAACACAUGCUUUUAUUUCAUACAUUUUUAAAGUGUUACAAUGUUAACGGGGUGCUCUCAUGUCGACGAGCAAGCUUGCUUGUCCCUUUUCUGUCUUUCCUAGUGUCUUUCACUUGUUUUCCUGUCCCAAUUUUCUAAUGCUAUUCCCUCUACACAUACAGAGGCUGUGCCUCUUACAAUCAGUCUCUCGUUUUUUUUGUGUAGUCGUAGUUUGCACAUCAAUUAACAUCCGGUUGUAAUUUACUCACCCUCAUUUUAUUAUAGUUCUGUAUGAAUUACUUUCUUAUAUGGCGCACAAAAGGAGAUAUUUGGGGAAUCGGUAGAAGUGGAUGGGGACUAGAGAUCAGCCUUGGUCACCAUUCACUUUUAUUGUAUGAGCAGCUUGGAUAACAUCUUUUUUGUCCCAUGCACAAAAUCAAGUUUGGAAUGUCAUUUUUUGUUUUGAUAACCACAGAGUGCUGACAUUGCAUACUAUAAUUCAUUUUUUGUAGUCUGAGACAAUGCAUUUCUGCUGUUUAACUACAUUCCUCUCUCUCUCUCAAUCUUUCUUACUCUUACUAAAUAACAUUGCACCGUGACCAUCCUGUUACCAUGGCGAUAGGCCUGCUGCCAUUAUGCAUUCUGCCAUGCACCCAGACAUGCAGUGAAACACACAAACACUCACAUUCACGAUGCAACCAGGGAAUAAUGGCUUGAGUUUUUCACUGUCUUUCCCUCCCUCAAGACAAACACAGGCCUAUCCAUGCAAGCAUACACACAGAAAAGCAUGUUUAUCAUAUCCAGUGUUACUAAUGUGUAUAUCUAUGAUGCCUAAACAUAUUCUAUUGACACUUAAUGGAAAAAUAAAGAGGCAAAUGGAGGAAUGUGAUUAUGUUAAUAUCA